UUUAACUACCUUUGCAAGUGAUCGUCUAACCUAACACACACAAUGCAAAAGAUGUUAGCUUUGAACCUCGCUGCAAACCUCUCCAAAUCUCUUCCAUUCAAAAGAAUAUCCGAUCAUACUAGAGUGUUUGUCACUUCGGCCACAAGACCUUUGCAAUCGAAGAAGGAGGACGAUGCAUCUGACAAGACAAAAGAAGCAGCAGAUGCAGUUAAAGAUGGAGCUAAAGAAGUGAGACAGACUUGCGAAUUCAUGAGGGACACCGUAGAAACCACUGCCAAAACCAUGGGCAAAGCGACCAAGGAGGCGACGGAGAAAGUAACGGAAACAGCAGAAACCAUCACAGAGAAAACAAAGGGCACCGUUUCAGGUGCAUGGGGGAUGGCCAAGAAUACUACUGAGAUUAUCAAGGACAAAGUAAUGGGCAAGUGAACAUCAGAGAUCGACCACCAAGAAUAGCAGCAACUAAUAAGUUAAUUCAUUUAACCAACAUUUCCUUUACGUUAAUUUGUACUUUUCGGUACAUGAAAUGCGAAUAUGCUAGUGAUGAUUAUAUUAUUUGCAUAAUAGCAUUGUACGAUUACAGAUUUACAGUC